UGCGCGGGUCGGGCUCGCUGAAAGGGCUUUCUUAGGCGGCCGGGUCCUGCUGCGCAUACUCGGCGCCCACUGCCUGGGCCGGACCUCCGCGCACCGGAGCAUCUGCAAUUCUGACUCGCAUCCUGGCCUGGGCAUCCCGCGCCGGGCCAUGACGGCGCACUCCUUCGCCCUCCCGGUCAUCAUCUUCACCACGUUCUGGGGCCUCAUCGGCAUCGCCGGGCCCUGGUUCGUGCCGAAAGGACCCAACCGCGGAGUGACCAUCACCAUGCUGGUGGCCACCGCUGUCUGCUGUUACCUCUUCUGGCUCAUCGCCAUCCUGGCUCAGCUGAACCCCCUGUUCGGGCCCCAGCUGAAGAAUGAGACCAUCUGGUAUGUGCACUUCCUGUGGGAGUGACCACUGCCGCCUCCUCGGCCCCAGGUGCCCCAGCUCUCUGGAUGACCUCGGCUCCGCUGUCCCUGAUGACCCUUUUGUCACCCCUACAACUGUGUCCCAGUCCCUCCGUGCUCCCUCCCCCAAGGCCUGCCUGGUUCUGGAAAGUACCACCCUCCCCAUCCAGUCUGGGCCUCAGGAAGCCCCGAGCUCAGAGCCAGGCCGGAGCAGAUGUCCAGCCCUCAAGUUCCCACUGCCCGCUCCCAAGUGGGUCCAGGCCAGGAACCGACAAGGGUGGGGCUGCGCCUUUUACCCAGUGGGGCAGCCAGAGAAGGCUGCUUGUCCUGGGGAGGAGGCCGUUCAGCCCAGGAUGCUCUGAGCUCAGGUGGGCCGGGCCGGGGAGGAAGCCCUGGGGGAAGAGGCAGAGCCCUGCCACCGUCCUCCUGUGUGACCCCAGGAAGCGUCUGCCUGUGUUGGCCUCCUCACCUGUGAGAUGGAGGGGCUCGGUCAGGUGUGGCAAAGGCCUUUCUUGGAGUUCUCCUUUAAUUUUUGACACGUUUCGAUGUGAAAUUUCUGGAAUUGUUGACGAAGUGGAAAAACAGUCCCACAAAACAUCACGAUCCAAAGCGUCACAGUAAUUUGGAUCAAGGUUGGAACAGGUAUGCUUAGCGUCCUUUACAGUCACGAAGUCACUUACGUUGUCUUGCUCAGGAAGUGGGAUCUCCUCAGAAUAUCCUCUUCCUCCUUCCUCCCCACCUGGAUCGCCUCCCUCCCUUCCCAGAGGCGCAGCCUGAGCACAGCAGGAGCUGAAGAAACUGGAGGCAGCUCCUGCUGAGGCCGGGCCCAGACUCUGGCAGCGGUGAGGGUGGAUCUCGGAGCCCCUCACAGCAGCACGUAGGUCACCUGGAGCGAGGGAGGGCGCAGAGGGACAGGUGUGGGUGAGGUGUGGGCUGGGCUCUGCUGAGAUGCUGCCGGGUGGGGGAGCCCCUGGCCUGGUGACGCCUGGAGAGUUGGGGUGGAGACCUCAGACACUUGCCCGCAGCCCCGGAGCUAAUUGGAGUCCCCCCCCACUGCUGUGCCACGUUGCCUCCCUGGGGAAGAAGCCAGUCUCUUGUGUUUAUUGACGGUUGAGUUGAUUGGCAUUCUGUUUAGUAGGCAUCGUUUUUGGAGCGGUGGUAGAACGUGGUAUGUCUCACCUGGAUUUCUUGGUUCUGGGCUUGGCCUGUUGCUCAGAUCGGGGCCUCCCUUGAACAUCCCACCCACCCCCUUUCCAACUCCCUUCCUGUGCUGACCUCUGUGGCCCCCCUGGAGUGGGGCUGUUGAGUCUCGAUUGGCGGCUAGAUUGACCCGUGUCUAGUGACUAAUGAGUGGUGAGGAAAUUCCUGUUUGGUGGCAAAGUCCUGGCCAAGUUUGCUGGCUGCCGCUCCCCUGCCCACCUGAUUCCCAUUCCCUCGGUGGGUGGAUUUGGGGCCCAGGAAAGGGACUGGCAGCUGCUUGGAGCUGCAGCUCUGGGAUGUGGACACUGAGACUACAUUUUCCUGAGACCUGAGCGAGAAUCCUGCUGUCCUGGAUUUUGCCCAGAACCAGGCCGGGCAGGAGGAGGAAGACGGAGGACUCGUUCAAGUGGAACUUUGCCCCACCACCCAUCUGUGCCCCAGAUUACAGAGUGCAUGGCCCCCGGAGCUCUGCAAUAAAGCCGGUCCCCAACAUUCCACA